UAUCUAGAACCCUACCAUUGAAAAUUUUGAACAUGAAACAUGUUUCGAUCAGUCUUCUUGGUUUUGUUGCUGUCGGAUUUCCAUUAUUUGGAUUUCUAUUUGCAAUAGUAUGGUCCAUUAUUUAUGAUUAUGAUGCAUCCGUUCGAACAGUAUGUCAUGUUUCAAAUUUCCUGCCAACAAUUAGUUCAGCUAUUGGUGGAUUUACACCUCAGAGAUAUAUAUGGCGCAUCUGCAUUGCACUUCAGGCGGGACUUAGGUUUAUGCUAGCCUUCUGUUACUACAAUUGGCAUUUACGUAUACAUAUAGGACAAUAUCAGGCAGUAUACAAAAAAGUUGUUAGCUUUGCGAUAACAUGUCAUGUGAUUGAAAAUCUUGCUCUGGUUAUAUUGUCUUCUAUAUCAUCAACAGACAAUGGAGAUGUACAUGAAUACUCAUUUAUAAUAUUUAUGGUAUGUUCCCAGGUAUACAUGCUUGUUUCUUGUAUACUUAUUUCUUGGACCCACAGAUCUGCAACAUUUAAAGUUACAGCUCAGGAUGUGAAAUGGUUACGGGUAAAAUGGUUCUUAUUUAUAUUCAACCUGGCUAUAUUUUUAUUGUCAGUGUACCUGUACUUCAGACAUAAUGAAUAUUGUGAACCUUACAUAUAUUCCUGGUUUGCAUUGGGUGAAUACCUGACAAUAUUGUCUAAUAUAGCAUUCCAUGGUUUAUGUUGUGUGGACUUCCAACAAUACAGUUUUACAGUACUAGAUACAGAAGACAUCAGCACAGGGCGUUUCAAAGACAGUUGAUAAAAGCUUCCUAGGAGUUGUGUUUUAUUUCAUUUCUUUAAUUUCUACAUGGCCAUAUAUGU